AUGACUACAUUGUUACAGGCAUCUGGUGUAGCUCAACAGGGACAAGGGUUCUUGAAUGUUACAGUGUCAGGUAAUAAUAUUUUGUUCGGCUCAGAAGUGAAAGAUUCACCGCUUGCGGCUAGGUUUGUGAAAUCUGUAUAUGCCGAGCCAUAUGAUAUUUCUGUGCUACAAAUUAGUCAAAGUAUUGUAGCGCCUGCACCGGCACCGUCUCCGAUGACUCGUAAGGCGCCACCUCCAGCACCUGCUAAAGGUGAGGAGGAUAGUAGGAAUACAGCGGCAGCGCCAGGGCCAGGGCCAGCUGAUUCUGGUGCUCCAUGUGCUUUGGGUUCGGGUGCUGCUGUUGCAGUUUUGAUGGGGUUGAUUUUGCAUUUUGUUGGACUUUAG